AUAUAUAGGUUUGCCAGACAUAGCCUCAAUGUCACAAGCAAACGCCGUGCAUGCCAUGCUUGCGCGGCUGGCACAUUCCUUGAAACGAGCGCCAGAGGUGGAACGACAAGGAAAUACCGUUCUCAAUGAGAUCACUCAGACAAUUGAGAAGAAAACACUCUACAUCAUUCGGCGAGUGGCCAAGGCUGGCUGUGUUGGAAAGCAGACUCUACAUUGAGGCGCAUGCUGGCCAAGUUGAAGAGACCUCACGAGGUUUUCUUAGAUAAGGUUGACGACAUUUUGACCCUAAACUUCGCGGAUCUUGCUGGAAAGCAAAUGCAGCAUACCGACAGCUUCUUCUACAAGGGAUUCUUUUGUGAUUUACUACCCUGCUAUUUUGAUUUCCUACCCUGCCAAUACCUGGAUUUGGACCCGGAAAAGCAGAUCAGAGGUGCUCUGCAAGCACAGGAAAAGACAUCGAAGGUAAGCCUCUCUGAAGGCAGAGUGAUCUUCAUGAAAGAGCAGAGUUCCUUCCUUUGUGCACCAACUGGCACGGCUGCUGAAGUUUUGGAGCCAUUCUGUACUCGUCCCAUGUUUUUUCAAUGGAAGGUUUUACACCAUGGAGCUGUUUGCGGUCUUGGCCUCUUGUCUUCUGAGGAAGAAUUUCAGGGAGAUCUCCUGCGAGGUUUUCGACUUGCACUACAUAAAGUUCAUCACUUCAAACUUUUGCAGAAGGCCUGGUACCGCCUGUGUGGACCGGAGGAAGCGAAGGAGAGUGCUUCAGUUUGUCCCUUGUGCUAUUGGAUCCGACAGAUCCAAGCAACAAUUUGCUUGCAGAGGAUCGCUGGCCUUACUUUGACAAGCUUGCAGAGUAUGCAAGCUGCACUCUGGAGAGGCUGCGAUGCCUUGAAUUUGGUAUUCCCGACUCGGUGGUGGAACUCUUCCGACCGCAGCCAGAUCUUUGGUUGCGACUACCCUUUGUGCCUCGCAAGGGCUCCUUCCUCGUUAGGGGAGAGAGGUGGAAUUUGUAAUUUGCGCAGCCCUUUCCAAUUCUGCAACGUCCAGUGUGUCCACGCUGUGAUAUGAGCGUGUCGGCUCACAUGUUGCACGCCAUGUUAGUGGCACGUCGCUUUGCAACCGUGGAAGCCAAGGAUAGCGUUCUUACCUCCGCCGAGCUGCAACGUUUGAUCCUGGAAGAUGCCCGGCACAAACUGGAGCAGUGUAUUAACCAGACAUUUGGCACCGCCUCCUCCUGGAUUCCAUCAACUGAGUCGUUCAACCAAAAGUCGGUUGUUCUUGUUUUGCCGAUUGGAGAUGAGACUACUGGCUCCGACGCAAAGUACCUCGUAUGACUGCAUACAGUGUGAAGUAGUUUCCGAUGAGCUAACAUGAGCUAACAUGAUCAAGGGUGCUCCCUGCCGCUGAUCCAUAUCAAAUACCCAGGCAACAUUAUGCCGAUGUGGUACAAAGUUAUGUAGGCAAUUUGAAACGAUAAACUCUUGGACGUGCCCGGGAAGGCAAUGUCCCUGACCAAAAGUGUUCCGCUGAGCCAAAACAGCAAGAAAACAUCAGCCACACGCUGCCUCCCGCGCAGCAUUUUCGAUGCUUGAUCUCCA